GCGUUUCUUGUACUGAUGCGAGCGUGUUGCUGACAGUUUCAGUGUAAUCUCCCGGCAUUUUUCUUUUGCAGGAAAGCUGCAAGACAGAGAUGGCACUGUGAGCUUCACAUGUAGCACCAGUCUGAAGCGCUGCGACGCAACUCAGAGACUCCUGAGGCCUGAAGAUGAAGUGCCCAGUAUGCAACCAACCUGUGGAAAACACAGCCAACUCAUGCAGUCACUGUGGACACAAACUGGUCAUUCAGCCUGCAAACAAAACACCUGAAACAGGAAGUCAGCCUAUUUCCAACUCCUUGGUACCAGCCUCGGAAUUUACGACAGAAAAGUCAGAGUCACAGAGUCACCCUAUGUCUGUGGACAGCCAUGAAUCCAAUAUAUCCACUAAACGGCCUGGUGAAGACACCAACAACAAUCCAAAGAAAAAGAAAAGAAAGAAGAAGAAGGGCAAAAAGAAGAAAGAUGGUCGUUUGCCGUCAAACCAAGAACAGAUUAACUCUGACCUGUCUGUCUUGUCACUGGGAGACAACCAGGAGAGGAAGACACAGGAAGGAGGAGACUCUUCCGACAGUGAAAAUUCAGAUAAUGCAAUGGAUGUAACACCAGACUGUUCGCUGCAAGAUGAAUGUUCCUCACUGGAGAGCCAGCCUCGUUCCUUAAUUGCUGACAAUGCAACUGGACCAUCUGAGAGCGCACCUGUCACUCAGAGUGAAACUGCUUCCACAACAGAGCAAAGCACAGAGAGUCAGACUGCUGUAGCCCCAGAUAGCCAGGCCACAGGGGACAACAAUAACCUAAAAUCAGCACCAACUCAGACAUCCACUCCAGCUACCACCAACACUCCUACAUCCCACUCCAAGUCAGAGGACAGUAACAAUACAGCUCCUCAGGCAGGUGCAGGUAAAGGGGCAAAGGUGGUCAACCAAAAAGACCAAAAGACUGAAGGAAAAAGCCCCAAGACCAAGAGUGACCCACCGACAAAACAGACCAAACAAACUAAACUGGACCAGAAUGCCAACGUGGGUCCAAAUGCAAAUCAGACCGAACAACCCAAGCAGAAAGGGAAAACUGGUCAGCAGAGCCAGAAACCGAAGCAAACAGCCGCUGUCGAACAAAGAAUGGUUUUUGGUCCCCAGAGUUUAUCAAAGGCUGAAAGCACAGGCUCCAGUGUCGACCCACCAGUGAAGACAGAGCACAUGGAGGUUCAGCAGUCCGCACAAGCAGCAGGACAGACCUCUUCUGUACCCCAAACCAAGGAUGCUACGAAAGAGAACAAAAAUAGCAAUAUGGAGUCAGAACCCAAGAUGCAGACUGAUCCUCCACCAAAAAAGCCAGUCAACAGGAACAAGACCAUUGCUGCAAGUGAGAGACUCACAAUUUACUUCCAUGCGGUUCUAUCAAAGGACUUCAAAUUUGACCCAAAGGAAGAUGUCAUACUCAUAAGGGCUGGAGAUCACAUUGGGAAAUGGGAUGAAACAGCAGUGGAGCUGUCCGUGACGAGAGAUCUUGAAGAGCAUGGGUUUCUGGUUGAGGGCAGCCUGACUACAACAAAAGCUGUCGCUGAAGCUGUGUCAAUACCAUACAAGUAUGUUGUCUACAAGAGAAAAAAGCAGAAAUAUGAGUUUGAAUACAUCUACAAACUGGACUCUGAGCAGCAUACUAAUAGGUGUUUGUUUGUGAAGCCUGGCCUCCUCACUCAGGAAGGGGACUGGCAUCAAUAUGAUGACAUCAUCUGUGCAGAGCCAUCAAAGGGUAUGCUCAAACGCAUAAAAGAGACCCUUUGGCCUGAGCAGAGGAAGAAUGUGGUCCAAGGCAGAGAUAUUGCAGGGAAAAUCAUGCUGGACACCAUAUUUGAUCUUCUCAGGAGCUGGUCUGAUACCAAUCUGAAGAGUUUUCUGGUCCAGUUGAAUCAGUUCUUUGACAUUUACUCGCACCCCUCUGUGUAUGAGGACAUAAUAAAGAAGUGGACCUCUUUAGGCUACGGAGAAGACAAUGUGAGGAUGAUCUUAAAGGAGUUCAUGCUGGAAAACGUGAUCCCUCAGUUGCUGAAGGAAGGAGACAGGAAGAGCCACUAUGUUCAGGAUCCCAUGAGGGCAGCUGUAAUCAUGCUUUAUGUGUGGAAACAGUAUGGUAUCAAACUGGAUCAUCAGGAGCUCAAUCGACUCUGCAAUGCAUUCUGCCUGCCAAAGCUGAGCAAGGAUGAUUUCCUUCAGUACUGGACAGAUUUUUCAAAUACUGUGUCUAGUCUAAAAAAUCUGCCAGACAUGUUGGAAUCCCUGAUAAACAAUGUGAAAGUGGGAGGGAUGCCACGAUGGAUUUUGGUGAUUCCACUUCUUCACCUCCUCAAAGGCACCACGAAGCCAUUCCAGGCACCUUCCUCAGGCAGCUCCAAGUACAACUUAUCUUGGGCAGGUUUGCAAGGUCUUAAAGUUGGUAACUCGGCAUCCUUGAACAGUCAAGAUAGGAGGGCACUUUUGAAUUUGAUGAAAAAUCACAAUCAUUUGGUGGAAGUGGACCCACUUACAGUCCGAUCCUGGAUGUGCUUGAUGACACUUGAUGAACUGGUUGCAUGUAGCACCAUCAUUAACACUGAGCUUUUGGACAUGCUUCAUGUCUUCAAUAUUAAGGCUCCACUGGAUGUUACCUACAGCAACUUUGAGAUCAUAUCUCAGACUCUCUCAUAUAUUCAAGGGUGUCUCAUUGAACAAAAAUACAGUGGUUUCAGCAUAGUUUACAGGAGAGAGUGCCUGGCAACAGCAGUGACACUGUUAGAGAAGAUCUGCAAAGGAGCCAAAUAUGGAGUGAUUACCCAGAGCUUUACAGAAAUUCCUGUGGCUUGCAUGAAUCUUGUUGCAUCGGUGUCCGACUUUGUUCACUGUAAUGAGACUGAGGUGCCCCAAAAAGUGGAACAAGACCAACUCUAUGCGAAAGACUUGGAGAUGAUGAGCAAGGCAAUGGACGUUAUGAGAGAGUGGAUCAGUCAGACCUUCAAAGACAGAUUGCUUAAUAGGGGUAUGACUUCCAUGUACCUCAGGGUCAGUGUCACAUCUGAAGAAAUCGAAAUGUGGAACAAUAUAAUCUCACUUCGUUUCAAAAAUGAAGAUUGGACAAAGCAAUGGAGACAGAGAUUUACAAUGGAUUUUGAAGGCAAGCUUAAAAAGGAAUCGGUGUUGGAUCAGAUUGAAUUCUACUGCUCAAAGAUUGAAGAACUCAGUAAUUCCCAUCCAAAUGUUGCUUCUAGUAUUGAGAAAUGUGCUCUUGAGGCUGUUACACACUUGUGCCAGACCAAGUCUGAGGGCAAAUUGUUUGAGAGGCUUAAGAUAAGCUGGAAAUUUGGGACGCUCAUCUCAGCCAUUAUCCAGAAAUCAUGGCCAAAGGACAGUCAAGGAAAUUAUCAAGAAGAGGAAGCGGUGGUCCUCCAGCAUCUGCUCUCCUGGACUGCUGCCAAAGACAUUUUUCAACUACAUGGUACAGAAGAUAAGUUGAUUGAGAAGCUCUCAUUAGAAGCCAGGGAAAGGAUGGCUAUAGCAAUAUCAUCUUUCACCACCAUCACCAACCAGCUGGUCGAUGGAAACAUUAGGAUCAGCCUGCUCAACUUCAUUUUGGAGAGGAGGAAUGCUUUCUUAGAACUCCUAAAGAUAGACUGUCUCUCUGAGAAUGGCAAAUACAAGGUUAAUACCAAAAUGAGAGAGCUGUUAGACCGGAGACAGGCUGAAGUGAAAGCUGUGUACCAUGAGAAGGAGCUUGUGGAUGUUUUCCUGACAAUGAGCCACAAACUUGAGGAACAUAUAACAGUUUAUGUUGAUGACAUGGAAGCAAAGCAACAGAUCAACAUUGAGAACAUGACCCUGAAUGAUUUCAUGGAGGUUCAUCCAUUAGGCCAACCGCCAUCCGACAUGGCUGGUGUGGUUACGUUCUUUGAUCUUGAUGAAGACAUCAGAAAAAUGGCAGAAGUUCUGAACACCUUCAAAGACAGUUAUAUAUUCAAAAUGUGCUGGGAGAAACAAGCAAAAGACCUGGCCACCAGUGAACGAGAUGAUGAAGACCCUGACGAAUCUGGAGUAGUUGAUAUCAUGGCAUCACCAGAAAUGAUACACAAUGACAUUUUUCAGCCUUGCUAUGCUGAUUAUACAGAGAUCUACAGUUGCCUGAAGAAUGGGAACAUUAGGCUUGGGGAGGUUGACAAACUCUUCAAAGCUUACAAGGGCAAGUACCAAGAGCUUACACAGGACUUGGAGAUCAUGUGCAGGGUUGAUCAUUCAAAAGAAAAUUGGAUCCCGAUGCGAGUCCAGCAGAUUGAGCAGUAUCAUGAACUUCAUCUAGCUGUGGCAGCAGCUAAAAUUAUCAUGAUGGUCAAGAGGAUACUUUGCCCUCAAGGUGACUUCAAGGUUCUGCAGACGCUGCUAGCAGCUACACAUGCAGAGUUUCAGGAAGAACACCUCAAUCGGAUUGACAAUGAUUUGAUGCAGGCCAAGAUGGCUUUGGUGGAUAUCACUGAGUCUCGCAGACUGUGCCUACAGGAGCUGGGACUUAGAAAACACUUUGUCCAAUGGGUAAAGGAAGCCCUUGAAGAUAUCAAUGAGCUGAAAGUGUUUGUUGACCUGGCCUCCAUCUCUGCUGGAGAGAAUGACCUUGAUGUGGAUCGUGUUGCGUGUUUCCAUGAUGCUGUGCUUGGCUACUCCUCGGUGCUUUAUGAACUAAAACCGGACUCAGGUUUUCAGGCCUUCAGGGAGGUGCUGAAAAAGCUCUGGAGAGCUCUAGAGAAUGACUGCAACCUACCAAACAAGCUGCGCGACUCUGCACGCCAUCUGGAAUGGCUUAAGACUGUGAAGGACAGUCAUGGGUCAGUGGAGCUGUCAUCUCUCUCCUUAGCAUCAACUAUCAACAACAAGGGCAUCUACCUGAUCAGUGCAAAGAAUGUAAAAAAGCUGAGUCUUGACACAGCAUUGAAGCUGCAGAUUUUAGAGGAACAUGAUGAUGGCCAGGAGGUGCGCUGCUACUCUCUUGAGGACCUGCGAGAACUACAGAACAAACUCAUGCUCAUGUCUGGGAAAGGAGAUCAGGGGCAGAAUGAGGUGGAUCACUUUGCAGAGGUUUUUGCCAAUGUUCAAAGAUUAUCUGAGGCAUUCAUCGCUCUGUACACAGCUGGGAAUCCACUGUUCAGACAUUGGGAAGCCCACAUCAGCUGCAGCCUAAGUAGCAAAGAACCAAGCAUUACUAUGGACUUCAACCUUGGCAGUGUGCUCAGUGAAGUCAUUGUGGAGGGAAAUGUUGAAGAGCAGCUUCCUGAACUUUGCAGGAAAAUGGACAAGUGUCUGGACUAUUGGAUGGAUUUUGUGGACAAACAGAGAUCCCAUCAUUACUAUCUGAACUACUUCACAGCAGAACAAAUUGUCUACCUAUGUAGUGAGCUGACUCAGCAAAAAGUGACCAAUCUAGAGGACCAAGUUCUGAUGAUGCUGUCCUUUGUCAAGUCAAAUUGUACAGCCUCAGAUUUGAGGCAGGUGUGGCAUGUGCUCCAGUAUGAAAUUCUCAAAAAACCACAAGAACACAAUGAAGAUGUUGAAUUUCAGACUUUUAUAGUGCCAAGAAGUAUACAGGGAAUCCCAGAUUUCACUGAGAAGUUGGAUCCUCUGCCAAGUCUAAUGGAACAAGCAACUGGUCCUCAAAAAUUUGAAUUGAUAUGGAAUGCAUACAUGAAAGACAUGAAGCAUUUUCUUCCACACAUUAUUGAUAUGACAAGCCUUGGAAGACUGCUAGAAAUACUGGCCAACAAAGAUUAUCAGAGUGAGGAAGACAUUUCUGAAGAGAAUGAAGAAAAAUGCAUAACAAGGGAGAUGCCUCAAGGCUUGGCCACUGGCAGUCCAAACCUUAUUGUCUGCCCACAUGAUGAUGUCCUUACGUCUUGCAUCUCUAUUUACAUGAACAGUGAACGUCAGCUACUGCCUACUUAUGAUGAAGUCCUCUUGUGCAACUCCUCAACACCAUAUGAGCAAGUGGAGCUGUUCCUCAGACGCUGUCUCACUGUGGGCUAUAGAGGGCAGAAGAUAUACUCUCUACUGUAUGGGGAUUUGCUGACUUAUGAUGUGAGCUGCAAAGUUGAAAGCUUUUUUCAACGGAUGAAAAUGCAGAGCAGAAAGGACUACAGACUUGUCAUCAUCUGUAGUUCAGACAGAGAACAUGCCUACCUUCCCUCAGCCUUUAGCCAGUAUAGGCUGCACAUGGUUCCCCGGGAGCCAUUGACUGCAGUACAGAACUACCUCCGCCACCACUACAUUGUCCCAAGAGAUCAGGGCAGUGCUGCAGCUGUGUUCAAAGACAGACUGUGCGUUGGAGUGGUGUCAUCCAAAAGAGCUGGUGUUGGUAAAUCUCUCUACAUGAAGAGGCUCUAUGAAAAACUGAAGCACUCAACCAAAAAGCCCUCAGUGAUGAAAUGCAUUCGUUUGACUGAAACAAAUGUUGAUGAGAAUGUCAUCCUGCAGUCUCUUCUUAACAGCCCUAAGAAGAAUGAACUCACAAUUUUUCAUUUCGAUGUCACAUCAUCGGUGCAGAAAGGCCUCCAUGAAUUUCUUUUCAAACUGCUGAUUCUGCGUUUCCUGAUGGACUCUGAGGGGAAAAUGUGGAAGUGCAGCAACAGACAGCUGUAUGUUACUGAGAUUUUGCAAUCAACUCUGAAGCCAUCUAGAAUUUCUUCGUUGCAGGCUCAAACUGUGAACAGCUCAUUCAUAGAUUUGUUCCCAAACAUUUUCUGCCGACCGCCUAAAGAGGUCUUAAUGCUAGAGAUGAGGAGGCAAGAAGAUCCCACAGUUGUGGGCCCUGAUGAUCCACUGAUGGAUGAUCAAGAAUUCAGGAGUGAAGCCUUCCAAAGACCAUACCAAUAUCUCACACGGUUCCAUAACCACCAAGACCUUGACACCUUCCAGUAUAAUGGUGUUGAAGGGUCACAUGUGGAAUGUCUACAGAUGCUUCUCAUGAACUGUGGCAUGAUGGACCCAUCCUGGGCAGAAUUGAGAAAUUUUGCAUGGUUCCUAAACCUUCAGCUGAAAGACUGUGAGUCAUCUGUUUUUUGUGAUGCUACUUUCACUGGAGACACACUCAAAGGAUUCAAGACUUUUGUGGUAGACUUCAUGAUUCUGAUGGCUAAGGACUUUGCAACUCCAUCACUCAGCAUCUCUGACCAGAGUCCUGGAAGACUGCAGAUGGACCUGACUGGUGUCCGUGAUGAAGACUUGGCCCCAUUUCUGAUUAGAAAGAGAUGGGAAUCAGAACCACAUCCAUACAUCUUCUUCAAUGAGGAUCAUGUGUCCAUGACCUUUAUUGGUUUUCAUCUUCAACCUAAUGAACAGAACUUUGUGGAUGCUAUUGAUCCUGCUUCUGGAAAUGUGAUAAAAAGAAACAUCAUGACAAAGGAACUGUAUGAAGGUCUGAAGCUUCAGAGAGUUCCCUUCAACAUUGACUUUGAUCACCUACCAAGAGGGGAGAAAAUAGAACGAAUUUGCAACGUCCUUGGAAUCCAGUGGCCUCUUGACCCUGAUGAAACCUAUGAGCUUACCACUGACAACAUAUUGAAGAUGCUGGCAAUCCAUAUGCGGUUCAGGUGUGGUAUUCCUGUCAUCAUCAUGGGAGAGACAGGUUGUGGUAAGACCAGGCUCAUCAAAUACCUUUGUGAACUGCAGAGGAGUGGAGUGGCCACUGAGAACAUGAAACUGGUUAAAGUGCAUGGAGGAACAACUUCAGAUAUAAUUUACAACAAAGUCAGAGAAGCAGAAGCCGUUGCCUUUAUUAACAAACAAGACUAUGGAUUUGACUCUGUCCUCUUCUUUGAUGAGGCCAACACUACAGAGGCCAUCAGCAGUAUUAAAGAGGUUCUCUGUGACAAGACAGUUCAAGGAGAAAGUUUGGCAUCCCACUCUGGAUUACAGAUCAUUGCAGCAUGCAACCCUUACCGAAAGCACACAGAUGAGAUGAUUCAGAGAUUAGAAUCUGCUGGCCUUGGGUAUAGAGUUCGAGCUGAAGACACAGAUGAAAAGCUUGGGUCCAUACCCCUCCGCCAGUUAGUGUACAGAGUUCAGGCAUUGCCUCCAAGCAUGAUCCCUCUUGUGUGGGACUUUGGACAAUUAAAUGAUCACACAGAGAAAAUAUACAUCCAGCAGAUUGUGCAGAGAGUAAUUGUGAUCAAAGCAAUCUGUGCAGAUUACAUCACAGUUAUCACAAAUGUUCUUUCAGCCUCACAAAAGUAUAUGCGAACACGAAAAGAUGAGUGCAGUUUUGUCAGCCUGAGGGAUGUGGAGCGCUGCAUGCAGACGUUUGUGUGGUUUUAUGAAAACCAUUCAAUGCUUUUUGAGGAGCUUGAAAAGUUUGAAAGCAAUCAAAAUGUUGACAAGUCUGAAAGACACCAGAGAUACCAAGAAGUUCGAGACCCUGUUCUGUGGUCUCUGGUCAUGGCCAUAGGCGUGUGCUACCAUGCUUGCCUAGAAGACAAGGAAAAAUACAGACAGAAAAUCUGCAAAAGCCUACCAGAAGGAUACAGCCCAGUGAAAGUGAUGCAGGAAAUCUCACUCAUGCAGGAUCUCCUUUUGAGUGGUGUGCCAUUGGGGGACACUAUUGCAAGAAACGGUGCACUUAAAGAGAAUGUCUUCAUGAUGGUGCUCUGCAUUGAGCUACGGAUCCCCCUUUUCUUGGUUGGAAAACCUGGAAGCUCAAAAUCUCUGUCUAAAACUCUGGUGGCAGAUGCAAUGCAGGGUCAGGCUUCUCAUGCUGAUCUCUACAAAAGACUUAAGCAGAUUCAUUUGGUGUCCUUCCAGUGUAGCCCUCACUCAACACCAGAAGGCAUCAUAAACACAUUCAAACAGUGUGGUCGCUUCCAAGAAGGAAAGAAUCUGAAUGAGUACAUCUCUGUUGUGGUCCUAGAUGAGAUUGGGUUGGCUGAGGACUCCCCCAAAAUGCCACUGAAAACCCUGCACCCACUGUUGGAAGAGGGGUGUAUUGAUGAUGAGCCACUACCACACAAAAAAGUUGGAUUCAUUGGCAUCUCCAACUGGGCCUUAGACCCUGCAAAGAUGAACAGAGGUAUUUUCGUCUCCCGUGGUGAUCCUGAUGAGAAAGAACUCAUUGAGAGUGCUAAAGGUAUAUGUUCAUCUGAUGCAAUGGUAUUGGAGAAGGUCAGGGAUUUUUUCAAACCCUUUGCCAAGGCCUACUUGAAAAUCUGCCGUAAACAAGGGAAAGGGUUUUUUGGCCUGCGUGACUAUUACAGCUUGGUGAAGAUGAUAUUUGCAAUGGCCAGGUCCUCUCAGCAGAGGCCAAGUGCAGAGAAGAUUGCAGAGGCAGUGCUGAGAAACUUCAGUGGCAGAGAUGAUGUAGACGCAGUUCAUGUCUUCAUCAAGAGGUUGCACAUGACACCCAACCUAGAGGGCAUCAGUGCCACUGAGUUGGUGAGACAAAACAUUUUGGCAAUCGGACAGGAAGAAGAGUGCCGGUACUUGCUGGUUCUAACUAAAAAUUAUGCAGCUCUGCAGAUCCUGCAGCAAACCUUCUUCUCAGAAAUUGGUCAGCCUGAAAUCAUUUUUGGCUCCAGUUUCCCCAAAGACCAAGAGUAUACUCAAAUAUGCCGUAACAUCAACAGAGUAAAGAUCUGCAUGGAAACGGGUCAAACUAUUGUGCUUCUAAACUUGCAAAACCUUUACGAAAGUCUCUACGAUGCUCUCAACCAAUACUAUGUCAGCUUGGGAGGACAAAAGUACGUGGAUCUUGGACUGGGAACUCAUCGUGUCAAAUGCAGAGUGCACAAAGACUUCAGGCUGAUUGUCAUUGAGGAAAAAGAAGUGGUCUACAAACAGUUCCCAAUACCUCUCAUCAACAGGCUGGAGAAACACUACUUGGACAUCCACACCGUCCUUACAGCUGGACAGAAGACAAUUGUGGAUGAGUUGGAGAGAUGGGUGAAACAGUUUGUGUCAUCCAACAGUCAGCAUGCAGUUGUGCCUCACACACACAAGUACUUACCUCCUGAUGUCUUCAUUGGCUACCACUCAGACACAUGUGCUUCUGUGGUUCUUCAAGUAAUAGAGAAGCAAAAAGAGGACAUGGAAAUCUCAGAUCCUGAAAGGAGAGUGCUGGAUGAGGCUAAACUGAUACUACUGAACUGCGCUACACCAGACUCAGUGGUGCGCCUGGACUGCACAGGUCUUCCCAUAGUGGAGAGUAAACAUCUGGCCAAGGUCUACUUUGAGGAGCUGAAUAACAGUUGUUUGGCUGACUUCAUACUUGCUCACACAAAGCAAGAUGUCCACUGCUGGUCGUCCUUCACAGAGGUGACAACAUUCUCCAGACUUCUGACGGCAUCUGACUUGGAACCAUUGGAACUGGGGCUGCACUGUGUGGAGCUUCUCUCACUCCAGCAGUUUGACACAGAAAACUCCUUUCUCAAGAAGAUCAGGAAUUUCCUUGCCAGAAGUAGUGCCUCCUGCAACAACAUCCUCAUCAUUCAAUGUGAUUUUGACGAAGGCACUCACAGUGCCAAUCUUAUUGCAUCUGCAAAGUAUUCAUCCAUAAAUGAAGUCAACAAGAUGAACACAGAAAACAAAGUGUUUGUCUACUUCAUCACAAAACUGCCAAGAAUGGAAGGAGGGACUUCCUAUGUUGGGUUUCAUGGAGGCCCCUGGAGAUCAGUUCAUAUCGAUGACCUCAGAAGGUCAAAAGAUAUUGUUUCAGACAUCAAAGCCUUGCGAAACAUGACCAUCAGUCAGAUGUUUGAAAAAAAGAGGUGCAAGCCUGAAGCCAUGGAGGUAGAUGACAUGUACACUGAGAACGAGCAAGGUGAAACAGAGCUUGAAGAAGAAACAGGCUGGGAGAAUGUUAUGGACACCACAGCACUAGUGCGCAGCUGUGUGCAGAAUGCUGUCAGCAUGCUGAGAGAUCAGGUAGACAGUGGCCUACGCAGUACCAGAAGAGUGGAGAUCCUACUGACCCUCCUCAGUAACAAUGACAGCAUAAAAGGUGAAUUUCUGCAAUCUGUCAAGAUGCACCUUCACUCCUUGUUGGUGACUCAUGAUGGAAACACCUUUUCUUCCAUCAAAAGCAACUGGGUCAUUAAGGAGGCCUCCAACAUCGAUGCCUUGCAAGAAGGAGGAACAUUCAGGCAUACCCUAUGGAAGCGUGUUCAAGCUGUGGUCAUUCCCUUCCUGGCACAACUUGUCUCAGUCAUAGACCGUGACCGAAACUUGGACAUCUUGCUAGAUAGCAACUGUAGUGAAGCUGUUAAACAGCUGUGGUUGGAUAUCUUUAGUAAUGAUAAACUCUUGGAUGUUCCAUACAUGAGACCGGACCACAACUCUGAGACGAGGACCAUCCUUGUGCAGAACUACAUUUCCCUGCACAGCAACCUUGGCUGCACCAUGCCUUUUAGUUGGAGGAUCAAAGACUACCUGGAAGAACUCUGGGUUUAUGCCCUUCAACGUGAAGGCCAAACCCAAAGUCAGUUCGAGGAGUUCUUUUGGAAGACACCACUGGGCAGAUACAUUGCAAAAGCAGACGUGGAGAUGCAGACAGAGUUUUUCCACCGAUACCUGCAGGACUUCAUCUCCAUGACAAUGACUGUGUCUUCCCAGGAAGAUCUUCAGCUCCUGUGUGCAGCUUUGAACUGUUGUGUCAAUGAGCUGCGAUUGCGCCACAAUGCCAUGGAUAAGGAGGUGACAUCACUUCCAUGGGUCCAUGCUGCUUACCAUGAGUUCAAGAACCGACUUCAAAACCUCUCCAGAAUGAUCUGCAUGGAGCCCCAGGUGACCCAGGUCCUCUUGAGGAACACUCAUGCUAGAGAUGGGACAGAACUGGUUUUAGAUGUGUAUGCUGGUUUAGCAUGUGUGGAGUACCUAGAGCCCCGGGUCCUGGACACCGAUGCCAACAGACAAGCUUGGCUCAGACAAGUCAAAAAACUCCAGGUUGCCAUUGAGCUGAUCUGCUCCGAAGACAGCGUGAGGCGCUACGGAGAGAGGAGCAAGGCAAUGGUCUGUCGAGUCCAGACUGGAUGGAACCGAAUCUUUUCCCUCUCUCUAUUUGUUGAGCACAUGUUGCUGGGCAUUGAGGAGGUCGAAAAGAAGCUGACGCCUGUAGUUUUAGAGCACACACGAAGGCUUAGCCAGGUAUUGGAGAAGAAUUCAGAUCUCAAGACACAGAAGUCAUUUGAAGCAGUGAUCAGUGUACUCAAAGCCUGCAAGGAUGGAGCCGUCGAACAUAUCUUCAGGUUUGGUCUCCAGCUGUGUCCUGUGUGUAUGGGAGACCCCCAAGAUCCCCUGUGCCUGCCAUGUGAACACAUCUACUGUGUGGCCUGCAUCAAACAGUGGUUGGCCCCUGGUCAGAUGUACUGCCCCCUCUGCAUGCAGCCAGUGCCUGAUGACUUCCACAUGGGUCCUUCAGAGGACAUAAGGAUGCUCAUCAUCCAGCACGCUCGGUUCAGGAAGCAGUGCAAUGCUUUCUUCAUUGAGCUGGUGUCUACUGUGUGCUUCAAGGACAACUCUCCCCCCUGUCCAGCCGUCAUACUUCAUUUGCUGUCCUUCCUCAUGGUUGAGGCCAGCGCUGUCCCCAUUCUCAGAGUUAAUCGCCAAAUUCUGACAAAGGUGCUGUCUCCAUUUGAUGACUCCGUGGAUAAAAAUCCAGUGGUUCGGUCAGUAGUGCUCAAACUCCUGCUGAAAUACAGCUUCGAUGACGUUAAAGGGUACCUACAGCAGCAUCUCACCGCAGUUGAGCAGACCAACAUCUUGGAGGAGACUGACAAAACUGAACUUUACUCAUUGUACAUUAACUGUCUGGAGGAUUCCAUGUUUGAGAGGUUGCAGUUUCGAACUGCAGCAGAGCAGCAGGCUUGUCUUCAGGAUGAAACGGCCUUCCUGACUGAUUACCUGCAAUCAGAUGCUGUUUCUGCAAACAGAGCCACUGUAGAGUAUCUGCAGCAGGUGGCCAGGGUGCGUAUGGACUUGGAUAUGGCUGCUAGCCUGCUUGUGGAAAAACUGACUGGUGCAGGAGCUCAGCAGGGCGGGCAAAAUGGAUUGACAGCCUUCUUCACAAGUGUGGUGGAGUUGUGUAGGCACAGUGGGAAUAACUGGUAUCGUGUCUACCUGAUCCGCAAGAUCUGCAGCCUGCAUGGAGUAGAGUUUGUCCAUAAACUCCUCAAAGUGAAAGAUGUGCACUGGCUUUUCCCUGAAGAAGUUCUGCAACAGAAUGAAGAAGGCAGCCCCAUAGACCAGUAUCUUGUGUGUGGAGAAGACUACAAAACUAUCAGAGAUGCUGUCGCAAAGGCAGUGAUAGAGGGCAAAGUGGUUGGACUGGAUGAGACUUGCGAGGGUCGUAAGUGCUUGCCACAGAGGACAACAGUUUACCUUCUCUUGGCACUGUUCAGAGAAGUCACCACUCUCCACAGAGCAGCCAAUGCUAACUUCCAUCCCAAGCCUGAGCAGUUGCAAGCCUUCAUGGCAUACAUCCAGGCUUCCAGGGUCCUUGCCAGGCCAGAGCUGAAGGCCUUCGCCACAGCCUUAGUGACCAACCAGCUGGGGCCACUGACUGUUCAUCCUGGGGCCUCUGAUGCCCAGUGUGUGAUAGUGGAGCUAGCUGUUCAUCUGGCUGCUGUUUUGCUUUGUGGAAACCAGGGGAUCCUAGCUCCCCUGCAGCAACUGGCACUGGCACCCGCCAACAUGCAGAGAGCCUUCUUGCCCACCAUGCCAGAGGACAUGUUAGCUGUGGCUCAGCAAGCUCUGGGACAUUUGCAGUGGUACCAUUGUCCAAAUGGUCAUCCCUGCACCAUUGGCGAGUGUGGCCAGCCCAUGGAAAGAAGCCGUUGUUUGGAUUGUGGUGCUGUGAUCGGUGGAGACAACCACAGACCUGUCCAAGGAUUUCAUGCUGUACAGCUGCAGGGUGACCGCACUCAGUCAGGUCACAUCCUUGGUGACCCCAGCCGCAGGGACAAUCCAGACAUGCUGGACACAAAGAACAUUUCUCCUGUAGCCUUUAACAUUGUCCGCAUGCUCACCCACAUGGCCAUGUUGAUUGGGGUCAGCAGCAAUGCACAGCCCAUCAGCACCAUAAUCAAGCCUCCGGUCACUGACCCUGGAGCAUUCCUGUUUGCUCACCUGCUAAAGGACAUGGAUCAUCUGACCAGGUCGCUGGGCAAGGGGACAGAUGACACGGUCAACGCUGUUCACCUGCUCAUCAGCAGCCUCCUGGAAGUCCACCAGCCCCAACAGUGGCCUAUUCCAUAUGACAAUCUGCUCUCCACCAAAGAGGCCAGAAAUGGAUGGGAGCUGAGCAUAAGCAACACCAUCAUCACACCUCAGCUGAAGCAAUUGGACAGGCGACUAAAGGAAGUGAACACAUAUAUCCGGACUGACUCUCGUGUCUCUGCCAACCCCAUCAUCAAGCUCAUAUCUGGGGAUCCUUGUCUGUUCUUGGCCUCUCUUCCCAAAGACUCUCUGAUUCAUGGCUCAGCUGUGUGGAGUUGCAGAGAGAAAGUGUCUCUGCUGAGUCUCACCCACAUUUUAGAGCAGCAUGAUGGCAAAGACAUCCUGCCUGUGCUGUGGAAGUUUUUGCAUAGGGAGGCAGAGCUGCGCUUGGUGAAGUUCCUUCCUGACAUCCUGGCACUCCAGAGAGAUCUGGUUAAAAAGUUUCAAAAUGUCUCUGACCUGAGCUAUGGCACCAUUGCGGAGUUCCUCAACAGUCAGAAAUCUGUUUCACUGAGAGCCUGGUAUGAGAAAUUCAUCAAAAUAUUCCUGACAACAUGGAAUCAGCUCAGGGUGUCUUUGGCUAACAAUGGAGAGAUUAAGAUCCCAGAUGAGCUCUCCCAGGAGGAUCUCAGCUUCACCAGUGACUUUAAGGUGCUUCUACCACGGCGACAAGGCCCUGGCCUGUGUUCCACAGCCCUGGUCAGCUAUCUCAUCGCCCUGCACAAUGACCUGGUCUACUGUGUGGAGAAACACACCGGAGAGGAGACCAGCUACAAAGUGAGCCCUGCAGAUCUGACUGACCUGCAUGUGAUCAGAUAUGAGGUGGAGAGGGACCUUAUGCCCCUGGUUCUCUCAAACAGUCAGUACAGCAUAGAGAGAGGCCAGGAGACCCUACAUGAGUAUGACUUGCCCAAGAUCCAGCAGCAGAUCCUCACCCGCUUCCUUCUGGGAAAACCUCUCAUUACCCUCAAUGGCAUCCCCACACUAGUGAACAGACAUGACCGGAACUAUGAGAUUAUUUUCAAGGAUGUCAAAGGGAAAGUCAAGCAAGAGCCUCUUCAGACUCUGACCCGGUUUACCCUGGCUGGGGAGCUGCAGUCCUACAGUGAGGUAUGCGAGGCCCUGUCCACAGUGGAAGUGGCUCUGGGCUUCCUUGCCAUGACCGGAGGAGAGCCCCACAUGCAGCUGGCUUGCUACCUGGAGGAGGUGCUGCAGAUGGGAAACCAGAUGGCUCCACAUAUCCUCAAGGCCUUGAGUAUGUGCAGUCUGAAGCACUGUGUGGCCCUGUGGCAGCUCCUGUCUUCGCUCAAAUCAGAAAACAUGCUGCAUCUAAAGAGGGAUCCAUUUGUGGGAAUUUCGGAGAGGUACAAGGAGGCUCUGGGCGAGGAGGAGCGCCGGCUUCUGACUGUGUUUUUUUCCAAGAGCAGUGCUGACACCUUCCUGCUGGAGAUGCACGAGUUCCUGCUGUUGGUUCUCAAGAACCCUCACGCACCUGAUACCUACAAACCUGAGUGGGGCUUGAAAGACACACUGGUGUCUUACAUGGAGCGUAAGGAUCUGGACGUUCCCCCAGAUGUGGAGGAGUGUUUCCCGGAGCAGAUCUACCUGUCCCAGUAUAUUGAAGCCUGGAAGUGUGUUGUGGCCUUAAAGCAGGAGCUCAGUCAGAGAUAA